UCUCGUUAGCGGAAUAAAGGAUUUGAAAACUGUAAACAGCCAUCAAGUCACACUUAUAUGCAUCAUUUUGCCUUAGAAGGUAUACCGAUUGAGAUUUUAAGACGUGUAGUCAACUCACAUGCACAUCUCACAUGUUUUUCACUCUUCAGAACAUUGGAUAUUGUACAUAUCUCAGCAGUGUGCACACCACUUAAACAUUUGUCUUUGGAGUUAAAUAUCAGCCCAUCAAUAGACAGACAGACAAAACAACAUCAAUCAUCAAAUAAGACUUCGAUAAGAUAUUUGAAGCUAUCCGUGAAAAUAAACCGCAUGAUUUUGUCCUCCAUAGUAAAUGGACCACCCUGCAGGCAGUUAGCUUACAGACUGAAAAAUUGCUUGUCGCGUAAUCCUGUAAAGUUUGCAAAUAAACUGUAGCUAAUCCAGACCCAUGGGUCCUAAACAUGAUCAUCAUAACUAAUUUUAUACAUGAUUCCAUCUGUCGAAUCAUGGGAAUGUGGCUAACUGGUUUAAGCACUCAAUUUUCAAGCAGUUACGGGUUCAAGUCCUGCUCUACCUAAUUCAGUUCAGGUAACCAUGCAGCACCAUAAGCCUUUAAACCACUGCAUCCACUCACAUUAUGCUGUAACAUUAUUUGAAUUCAUGCACGUUCGAACACCUCUUCACAAACAUGUAUCAGGAUCCAUAGAUCAUGUGCCAAAUCGAUGAUUAACUUGCGAUAAGUUUCUCACUCUCAAAUGUGA